GGCGACCCCAUGGACCUGACUCCCGGGAGAGGCCCUACUUUUUAACUCCGGUUGGUACUCGUGACUAUCCGGAGUGGCCUCUCCUACCUCACUCUUGCCUUAAUCGGCUGGUUUGAGUGGAGAUUCGCAAGAGUGGAGUUGCCUUCAGCUCCACUUGGGGGAAGGACGUAUCCCAGUAAGAUGCUGGUAGGGGUCUUGACCGUACUUCCGGGAUUGCUCUGAUAGCCGUGGGAUGCCCACCCUUCCUCAAGCAGCUCAACGGAUGUUGCUUCCCUUGUCGCUACAUGCUAGCGGCCGUUUCCGGGGGCCCACUAUUGAGUUUGCGAGUCACCCCCUGCCUGUUUAUCCGUAUUUUUCAAUAUUGGUCAGGGGCAGGGGCCAUAGUCCCCAUAGUUAACCGGUUAACUAUUCCACAGCCACCCACACCCAUAUCCCUAUCAUUUCCUUUUACCAUAUCUCACAAUAGUCCUGCAUCAACCGGGGAUUGUCCUUUGGUGUACUUCCAUAGUGCAUACAGGGAUAAUCGCCGGCUGAUGUCCCAUUACAUUUAGAUUAAAAUUGUUCAACGGGCCUCUGCGAGUUGGCUUCGGCCCCUCGUACGCCUUCCAAAGGUCCGGGACCCUGUGGUCCCGUGAUUAUGUAAAGAAUAACAAUAAUAACAUAAGCUGGGAGUACCUCCACGCGGUGAAGGCGGUAACAGUUCAAUACUGGCUAAAACUCCCAUUUUAUUGUAACUCAUCAGAAUAGAUGCCUUCGGGCUUAUGUUGUUUUGUGGUUUACGUAUAAUAAUUUGGAAGUAGCCUACCCGGUAACGCAGGGGAGCAGCCAACAAAAUCUUAUACUCUACAGUUCUUAGUCCAAGUAAUAUUGUGACAAGAAUCAUUAUGCCUAGACGAAAGAAAUCAGGUCUUUCUCAAUAUUCGAGAGCCUCUAAACGCCAGAGACAAGUUAGAUCUCAAGAAACUGAGGAAGAACAUGAGGCACGUUUAGCUGCGAGGCGGGAAUAUUAUGCUGAAUUGGUAUCUUCGGAAACAGCUUCGCAAAGAGAAGAAAGAUUAGCUACGGUUCGAGAACAAGUAGCUGGUUCACGCGCCUCAGAAACGAUGAAUCAGCAUGAAGCACGCCUUACAGCCGACCGUGAGCGUCAUGUCGUAUCUCGCGAGUCUGAGACAUUCACACAGCGUGAAGAUCGGCUCUCAGCUGACCGUUCUCGCCGUGCAAUCUCACGUUCUCUAGAAACAGAUGAGGAAAGAAGUUCACGGCUGUCUGCGGAUCGCCAUCGCCAUGAAAUAUCCCGGAUGUUCGAAAGCGAUGAACAACAUGAUUUGCGUCUGUCGGCUGCUCGCAGUCGCUACUACGAACAACAGGAAAUUACUGCUAAUCACCUGGAAGAAGAAAGGAGUCGUGUGCAAGAAUUGAGGCAAACACAAUCCAGUGACACCCGAUUGAUACAGUUAGAAGAAGACCGGCUGCGUCAUGUUGUUCUUAGGUUGUCACCUGGCGAAGAUGAUGCUUCGAUGGUAUACGACUUUGGAGAGUUGCCAUGGAUAGAAAAAGAAAAAAGUGGAUUUAAUUAUGACUCAAUAAUAAAAUAUGCCGAAUAUACUCAUCUAGGCUCAAUGGAUGAAAUAUGCCCGCAUUGCAUUGCAGUGCCUUUAAGUGGCACGGAGAGCCCAAAGGAAUGUGUUGUGCAUCCGGUAAAGUUAAGUUAGAGCGUAUACAAGAAC